AUGCAGACGGACGCGGACCGGCAACCGAUCGUAAUCGACCUCACCCAUAUCGACGACGAUUCCACAGAUUUUUCAUCAAGUAACGACGAGUCAAGUCUUCCAAACACCCCCGAAGGAACUGCUGAUCAGAGACAUCCAUCAGAGCCAAGCAAGAUGCGUCGCGCCAGAAACAACGGAUCGGGAAAGGACACCUCGUCGGCCGGGAACACCUCGUCAGCCUCGUCUACCCCGGCAAAGAAGAAAGUCCCCCCUUCUUCUAGUUCCCCGAUUGAUUCCAACCUGACCGAAACUGAUGGCACUAUCGGAGGAUUGACCCCGACGUCCGCUCGCAAAGCCAUAUUGGCAGCCUAUGACAAACUCAAUAGAACGCGCGGCAUGGAGCAUAUCAUCUCCAGGAAGAUGAUAGAUGAUAUGAAGGAGCUGUUGACACCCAUUCUGGCGGGAACCACCGUGACAUUCACAAACAGCACUGUGUACAAGGCCAUCAGCUCCGUUCUGACCGCCCGAGUCAAGGAGGGAGACCUGUCGCAGGUAAUCCCAGAGUCGACCUGUUGGGCGGCGGCAUUGAGAUGCGUCGCAUUGCCUCUCACGGAAGGGCAGGGCCCGGAAAAUUCCUUCAGGAAAGACCUGAAGGUAAGAAGCACCAUCAUGGACAUGAUGGAAGUGAUUAGCAAGAUAUUGGAUGGAACGAUGCCGUCAGAGAUACUUCAACAGGCUCCCUUCCUGAGACGCACGGAUUCGAUCAAGUACGAGAGCCAGAACGCCAUUUCAGCAUUCAAAUACUUGAUUGGCAGAGAUGGGUCGUCGAGCUCCGACGAUGAGGAAAAGAGCAAGGCACCCGUCGAGGGAAACACAUCCUCGACUGAUAGCAAUAUCAAGGGUUCUAACGAAGUGGUCGUCGACAAGACCCCAUCGCUAUUCAACGCAAAUCCAGAGACUAAGAACACGGAGCCUGGUCAUUCCCCCCGUCUUCCUCCUACAAUGACAGGUGAUAGUGUUCUUGGACGCAGAGUACAGCUUCCGACCAUGGGAUCCUCACCGUUCGGAUCCCUACCGCUCGGAUCCUCACCGUUCACUCGGAAAUUCGGCAGCUCCCCACCCGUGAGCUCACCAUUAGCAACGAAUAAUUAUAUUGCUAUCAACGCAAGCAACUCAGUUCACGAGAGUACAGCUAAGCCGACCCCUGCUACUACUAAGAACAAGACAAUCCAGUCUGAUGCCACCUCUCAACCAAAGCCAGUUCAGUCUGAUGACACCAGCCAAUCUACCCCGACCGACACAACGUCAGCUGAACUAAAUACAAAGGGUGCCGAGUCUUCAGCUAUCCCGACAGCCGAGCACAGAUGGGUCACAUCCAACUCUCAGGGAAGUCCGAUCCUCAAUAAUAAAUUCACCGAUCCGGCAGUCACGAGCCUUAAAAGACCUUUGGUCGACAGUCGAUGGGGGACAUCCCCGGCACAGCCAAUGACGGGAAACAUCCGGCAGUCAGAGUACAAGAAGCGAUCGGCAGACGAUGUAUUUGGACCGACAGAUACCAAGGCCAUCCCCGAGAAGAAGCGCAAGCGCUUGCCGCUGUUCGACCCCCCCACUGAGAUGAGAGACAUGGAGGCAGAAUACAAGCAAAUGUGUCACACCCGUCAUGAUCAGCAGCCUUUCGGCAUGGCCCUGCAGACUUCAUCCUUGGACGCGAGCCGUUAUAAUGACACCCAACAGCAGCCCCCUGACGUACCUCAACAGACUCAUUAUGAUGACGACGAAGGCUUGGUCCUACAGCCACAGGAAUCAGACACGGCCCGACUGGAGAUCUCGGAUGUGACACAACAGGACGACACUAUCUACAGAGGAUUAGAUUCCUCGGAGGGAUCAUCGGACGGCGGCAGACAAUCACCUAUUAAGGACAAGGCGGUGCCUCUCAACACCACGCAACGGGCGGCGAUCUUCGACCGUCUGCAUUCGUCAGUCAAGAAGCAUCAGGACGACCAGGGCAUCAAGCUUGACAAGUACAAGCUAAUCAUCGAAUAUUGGAUGGAGGAGCAUAUGGACGACGGACGGGAUCCACUCUCCAAGUUCGAUAGUUGGCUGGAUGGCAAGAUGGAGAAAAAGAAGGCGAGAAAACCCAAGUCGAAAGGAUCUACAAAGUAA